CCCCUUCCGUUGAUAGUAACCCUGUUGGUUUAUGAUACAACUGUCCUACUCAUCCGCUUUACAGUAGAUUCUUUUGUUGAUUAUGGCGAAACUUAAGAGUUUUGAUCAGAUAAAUGAAGUUCUCCUUUUUAUGUUUUACUUAAUCACUGCCAUGAGAUGAGAUGGAUGCCUAUACAGGGGUUUUCCUCUGGAUUAUUUUCUGUUUCGCUUCUGUUGACGUCAGGAAGGUGUCAGAGAAACCUUGUACCAUAGUACCGUCUGGGGAGAAAUGCCGAGCGAUUCUGUAUAAAGUAGAUUGUACGGAGCAGUUCCUUCAGAGGGAGUAUCCGGGUCUUUAUUACCAUGGAAACACUACAAUGGCGGCUCCUGGCCUCUCAAUUUCAACUGUGCACAAACUUUACGGGGCACCACCGGAAUUCAAGUGGUACUCAGAAGUUAACAUCAACAUUCAACCGAAUACAACUUCUACGGAAAGAAUCCAGGGAUUUGAGGCGUGGAUCGAAUCUAUUGAUGGAAAGCGCUGCAUUGUGUUGACUCUCUCUAAUAAUGGAACGUUAUCGACUAACAAUUCAAUGAGAGAAUUUGAAGUCUGGCUAAAACUUAGGAUGUCCGCCAACAUCACUGUGUGGCAGCUUCCAAGAUCAACAUCUUCUUCUCCAACCAGAGGCUUGAUCCGCGCUGGAAUAAACCAAAGUAUCCCACCUAACAACUCCUACUCGUGGUAUACUGAGAUCCUAUUCCGAAACAAUUCACGUGACCGGAUUGUCGAGAUACAGUUUCAGUCGGCCCCAGAGAGUUAUGGAAUUAAGUAUUACAACAUUAAACUCCGGCGAGUGACACCAUUGAAUAACAUGGACGCCAGUUAUCGCACCACCACCCACGCCUGGAUAGAUUACGUCCUAUCCCCAUGGGUGUACGUCAAAUUUAAAGAUGUGAAGCCAGGAACCUACGAAAUAAUGGUGGAGCCUUAUGAUGACCUUAAGGUUAGCGGACGUACCUCCUGUCGCUGCAAGAAGUCCUCUGAGUGUUUCCCAUGCAGAAGUACACUGAGCCCAAAGUUUACCAUUACAGAAUUUCCAUCAUAUACUUCUGAAGCUGGUAUGAAAACGUCUGUGACGGUGCCCACAUUGACGUCAUCUGACCCCAAGAAAUUGGAUAAUAAGCCCAAGCCUACUAACAACACAACACUCAUCAGAAAACAACAAGAGAUUUUUAAUGGCUCCCAAUCAACGGGCGGAACAACUCUCAUUGAAACUCCACACAAGGUUUUAAGUGAUCCACAUUCGAACGACGAUCCAUCGUUCAUCAAGACUCCAAACAGGGUCUCCAGUCGGUCCCAGGCAACAGACAUAACUACAAAAACUCCAAAGAAAGUCUUCAAGAGGCCAACAUCAGAUAGUAAAAUUCAUAUCAAAACUCUUAACAGGAACUCCAAUAUUUUCCAGUCAACCAGUGUCCAAACUGUCGCCAAAACUCCAAAGGACAUCUUCACGCAAUCAUUUGUGUCCUUCAGACCGUCUUCUACUUUGGAUUCGAGUUUGUCCGAGGUGUCCGAGAAUAACAGCCAGCUGGAGAGGAAUUUUGAGGAGGUUAUUGAGGAGUCUGGGAGCGGAUCACAGCCCAGUGGGAAGACGUUGGCGAUCCCCGCCAGUGUCUUGUCUGUCCUAGGGAUCACUCUUGGGGCAUUAGCGUCUAUCUUUGCCGUUGUCAAGUUCAAAAGAAGAGGUCCAUUUGUUGAUUCAAAAUCAAGCUCUCCCAAUCCUGCACGUAUUGAAACAUCUGUGUUGAUCGUCCAUGAUGUUAAGCACUCAGAUGAUGCUAAAGGUCUGAUGAGUUUGAUAAUUAAUGAUCUUCAUAUCAGCGUGAAUACGUUGUUGUUCCCAAACAAAAGUGGCUUGAUAAACAAUUCGGACUCCUCCAUAAUUGUUCUCUGGAUGAAUCUGCAUUCUUUUACAAAGUUUGAAUGCAGAUUUCUUAAAGACAAAGAAAUACCUUCUAUAACACAGACCCUUCUUCAGAGUCGAUUUGUUGUAAUUGAAUCGAGGAAUACUGCGUAUCGUAUUCUGCCGCGGAUUCAGUACUGGACAAAAUUUGUCUUAGACACAGAGCUAGACUUAUUUCUCGACUUCCUACGUAAUAACGUAAAACAAGAGCCGCGAAAAAGCUGGACAACUAAUGAUCGGGUUAUUACUGAAAUACCAGAGACACCUAAAACGUUCCCGAUACCGUACAAUCGAAUGGACUCGGGCAUCCAUAGUGAAUAUGAAAAUGAGACAGAUUUUCCUUUCUUGGAAGACAAAUCCCAAGAGGAAUGUUCAAGUAUUGCAGCUGUUACAAUUGGAGAAUACCAGAUGGGUGUACCUUUUGGAUAUCCAAAUAAGGUCACUGCCUCGUUUCCACAGUUCACUCUUUCAAAUUCAGCAACCUCUAAACAUUCGAUUUUAUUGAAAGGAUGUGGAAAAAGUCAGGAGAUUUCACGACUGAACACAAGAGAGAACUUUAUUCCUCCAGAAAAUACGUCUUACUAUGAUGCGGACGGCAGUCUUUUUUCGGAAGCAAUUAUGAUCUUCAACGAACGAAACAUGAGACAAACGGGUGUAUCUGAAGAUCCCCGCUCCCUGAUUGAGGAGAAUUUGGGUACGCUUUGUAACUCAAUAAAUCAUCGAAGUGGAACACCUGUCUGUUUUCAGAACAUGGUCGGACUGGACGACGAUGAAGAGGAACCUAAAGACGAGGAGAAAAGUGUGGAAGUAGACAGGGAUGAGGAAGAAGAUAGAAGCGUUGAAAAAGACAGAAGCGCUGUAGAAGACACUAUCAGUGUCGGAGGCCUGAGCUGUUGACUUUCAGAAUUCAAAUCUUACCUCAAAGUUUGAUCCUUUCUCAUGAUUGACAGGAAUUUACCUCAAAACAUGUUCUCUAUCAUGAAUAUCAUUCAGUUUACAGUGACAUAUGCUGGUUUUUUUACAUCCGACAUAUGAGAGCUUACCUCUACAACUGAAUCUUCGCCAACCAAUAUGCAGGAAAAUACGUCAAUAACUGGUUUCUCACAAAUAACUGGUUUCCAACAAAAUGGAGCUUAUUGCCUUACAUCGGUCUCUAUCUUUUAAUGUACAGGAUAUUUUUGGCUGAAAACGUACUUUUCAGCAUGAUAAGAUGAACCCAAAUGUAAAACGUUUGAUGGACUUCUUUAUUUUAGUCCCUUGUCGCUACGAUGAAACACACGUAGACAUACUAGUUCUAUUAUCUUAUAGCCGAAACGGCUGAACACCUGACUUGUGAUGCAGUAGGAUUGGAUUCAAGGUCCAAAUAUACUAUAUUUUUUUUCCGUUUCUGUUUCAAAUGUAAAACUUAUUUGUUGGAGUUUAUUAAUCAAUAGAGGAAUGGGGUUCAAACAAACUUUUACUGGGUCGUAGAACGGAAAUUAAUUUUGACAUGAUAGGUUUUUGGAAUAUCUGUAAGAAUAUGGAUGAGAGCCGACACAAUUCAAAAGCAUCAGUACCACAAAGGCAAUGAUAAAUUGAUGAAAAGUAUUUACCCACAAAAUCCAGGUACCUCUUCACUCCAUAAACGUAGGUAAUUCCAAGGUACAUUUCAAUAUAUUUUGUAUUCUGUGAUGUUUUGCCGCCAAAUCAUUGCCAUCUCCAUAAUAUUUUUGUUUUAAUUUCUAUAUAGAAAAGUAAUGAACAUAGAAUAUAGUGUUAAUCAA